AUGCUUGCCAAACUCAAAGAAGAAUUCGGUGUCGAGACACUGCUCUCUGCACCUCGGGAUGUGCAUCUCAUCCUCCUCACCAGAACCCUCCGCAUGUUCGCCUAUGGCUCCACAACCAUAAUCCUCGCCCUCCAUCUCUCCCUCCUCAAAAACUCGGAUACGCUUAUUGGAGUUUUCAUGUCACUGACGCUAAUCGGAGACGUGUUUAUCUCUCUACUACUCACUUUUGUCGCCGAUUCACUAGGCAGACGCAAGAUUAUUCUGCUGGGGUCAGUGACAAUGGCACUUAGCGGUGUUGUCUUUGCUACCCAAACCAGUUUUACAAUCUUGCUAAUUGCGGCGGUGGUGGGUGUGAUUUCGCCGUCUGGAAAUGAGAUUGGUCCAUUCAGAGCGGUCGAGGAGAGUACUCUUGCACACCUUGUUCCUGCUGCUCAGCGCAGUGAUGUGUUUGCUUGGUAUGUCGUUGUCGGCACUUUCGGCACCAGUGUCGGCGCUUUGGUCUCUGGAUGGCUGGUCUCGACUCUAGGCGCUGAGAAUGAGAAAGCGCUUGGGAGCUACCAAGUCAUCUUUUGGUUGUACGCUUUGCUGGGUUGCGUUAAGGCUGGCAUCACUUUCCUUCUCAGCUCAGCCUGCGAGCUUGAGAAGGUGCCUCAAAAACCUUCUAGUGCAGAAACUGGCGAUGCCGAAGAAGCAGAAACAUUCAUCCAACAACCGCAAUCCGCUGCACAGCCCAAACCAGCCAGCAAAUGGGCAUUCACAACGAUUAGUCCAUCUUCUCGCAAAACCCUUCUCAAACUCGCAGGAUUGUUCAGCAUCGACAGCUUAGCUUCCGGAAUGGCUUCCAUCUCAUUGAUCACCUACUUCCUAGCCGAAAAAUUCGGCUCGGCACCUUCAAAGCUAGGAACAAUCAUGGCAGUAGCCUCCUUGAUGUCAAGUAUCGGCAACAUCGCCGCCUCCAGCGUCUCCAAACGCAUCGGCUUCAUCUACACAAUGGUAUUCACACACCUGCCCUCCGCAAUCUUUCUCAUGAUGAUGCCGGCACCUCACUCCCUCGCUCUCACCGUCGUCUUUAUUAUUCUAAGAGCGACACUGGCAUCCAUGGAUCAAGCUCCCCGAUCUGCAUUCUUGUCUGCUGUCGUGUUGCCCGCUGAGCGCACUGCGGUUAUGGGAACUUUGAAUACGGUCAAGACGGCUGCGCAGAGUGCUGGUCCGCUGUUUACUGGUGUGCUUGCUCAGCAUAAACAUUUUGGAGCUGCUUUUGUGGUGGCUGGUCUUUUGAAGGCUGGGUAUGAUUUGGGACUCUUGCAUUGGUUUGCGGAGAGUAAGAUGAGGGGAGGAUCUGCCGAUGAGGCUAGGGAAAGAGCAAGGCAGCAGGAGGAUGAGGAGGGCCAGGAGCUGAGGUGA